CCAAUAAAUACACCCAAAGUCCAGAAAAGAACGUAGCAAAAAAAUUCGAAUUCAAAAUUGGUCGAUUCGUCUUUGUCGCACUCAACCAACGAGUGGAAUCGACUGAAAAACAUAGUCGAAGUGUUAGUGUAACAGUGUGUACGAACAUCUGUACAUGCGGAGAGAAUAAAUAGAAAACACAUACACAAGCACACGCAAACACACAUAGCAGAGCCAAGCAAAACAGUUUUCAUCAAAACACAAAGAACAGUUGAAGAGUAUCGCUGCGUAGAAAACAAAACACAACAAAUAAGAAAAAGUUUUAUUUCUAUUUUUUUUUUUUGCCCAUUUAUACAAAUAAAAUUGAAAUCACGAAUGUGCUGUUUGUUAUUGCUGUUCCAAUCAUUACCAUAAAAUCAACUCAAGUCAUUACGAUUUUCGUGAAGUUGAAGUUCAAAGUUGCCGUAAAACACUACAAUUCAUUCAUUUUCGAUAAUUCCGCUAUUAAGUGGACGCUGAAGAUAUAGAAAAAAGAAAAGAAACAACAACUGAUUGCACCAUUCAAUAAAAUCAACAUUUAGAAAAGAACAGGAUAUAGUGAAGGAAAUUAUAUCGGAAAACUUUGCGCGAACAAGGAAGAAGAAGGAGGAAAAAAAAUGCUCGAUUUGGAAAUUAUACCGGAACGAUCGCUAAGAUGCGGAGAUUGUUGGGAAUUUAUUUUGGGCAUGCAUUUUUCGCAAGCGGUUGGAAUCAUACAGUCUCAAGUUGGUGUAAUCAAAGGGGUUCAAGUGCUUUAUUCGGAAACGAACCCGUUGGGCGUGGAUAUUGUGAUAAACCUACCACUGGAUGGUAUUAGAUUGAUUUUUGAUCCGGUUGUGCAACGGCUUAAAGCCAUCGAAGUGUUCAACAUGAAAUUGGUGAAGCUAAAGUAUUAUGGUAUGGCAUUCAAUUCGCCAGAAGUGGCACCGUCAAUCGAGCAAAUUGAGCAUUCGUUUGGCGCCACACAUCCAGGUGUUUAUGAUGCGGCCAAACAACUGUUUGCCCUACAUUUCCGUGGCCUCAGCUUCUAUUUUCCGGUCGAUAGUAAACUGCAACCGCACUAUGCUCAUGGUUUGGGCUCGUUGCAUUUUGCCAACGGCGCGUCACCGGUUGUAUCGAAAAUGUCCGUGUACAGUGGUAAUAAUAUGGCCGAAAGUCGACCGCCACCGAUGCCAUUGUCAUGCUAUAAUCAGCAAUUGUAUUUGGAAUCGGCAACGGUGUUGCGUGACUCAAAUGGAACGCGAGGUGUUCGAUUGCAAUUGUACACCGAGGCAUCGGCACGUGUGCUGGAGCAACGGAAACAGGUUUUAACGCGUGAAGUAUUAUUUGGUGACACAUGCCAAGAUGUGGCCGGCAAUAUCGGCGCACCGAAUCGUAUCUUCUAUAAAUCGGAAGAUAAAAUGAAAAUUCAUUCGCCGAGCGCACAUCGACGCGCCCAAACCAAACGCAGUGAUUUCUUUUUUAAUUAUUUUACGCUUGGCAUUGAUGUGCUCUUUGAUGCCCGUACACAACGCUGUCGAAAGAUUAUUUUGCACACUAACUAUCCAGGCCACUACAAUUUUAAUAUGUAUCAUCGUUGCGAGUUUCAGCUACAGCUAACCGCCGACAAGAAUCCAUGCGAUGACUCGCACAAUGACCAAGUGUCCAUUUCAGCCUAUUCGAAAUGGGAUUCGGUGAGUUCACGCCUGGCACCAUCUGAACGGCCGGUCGUUUUACACCGGGCUGGCACCACAAACACAGCCAAUCCAUUUGGAUCGACAUUUUGUUAUGGAUAUCAGGAUAUCAUUUUUGAGGUGAUGCCAAACAAUUACAUAGCCUCAAUUACGUUGUAUUGUAACACAUCAUUUCCAACCAUUUUGCCAUACAACACAUGCGGGAAGGCGUACAACAAAUACCUAUGCAAUCGGAACAACAGUCAGGACGACACGAACAAAUUGACCGCAGUAUGAUACAAAUAUCAUGCUGCAAAGACCACACCGAAUCAAAUUACCAUCUAAUUCGUGUUGAUGGUAUAGACCAACUAACGCCGUUGACUAACAAAAAAAUGAGAGAAAAAAACAAGAAAAAAACAUAAUUUAGUGCUUAGUGAAGUUGAUGAUUAAGUCAGUCUCAUGAAAAUAUGGAUAAAAACCAUUUGCUACAAUUAGGAUUCACUUCUUCGUUAUUUUGUUUAAUUCUUUUUGUUCGAAAAGAGAUAUAUAAAAAAAAAAUCAACCACAAAAAAAAACUAAAUGAAAAUAUAAUAGAUAUAUUUUAAAAGAAUAGCAUUCAUAAAUGGCUGUAUUGCGAGAAGAAAAGAAAAGAAAAUUCUCUGUGCAAAGACAUUGGUUUCUAAAUGCUUAAAAUGAUGAUUUGUUAAGAGUUAGUAAACGAUUUGCCCAAAGUUUGAAGGACAAAAAAAGAAACCGACUUUUCCCGUACCCAAAGUUUGAUGAGGUACAAGAUGCAACGAGCUUUGCCACGAAACACGGCUGGUUCGAGAUUAAAAAAGAUGAACCGUGUUUUUGACGAAAAGAAAAAAUUCAAGUGACAUAAGCCCGUGGUGCAUCUCAUACAAUCCCCCUCCCCCCCCCCCCCCCCUCCCGCAUCGAAUUAUCAAAACGAUGGUCAAUCGACCACAACUCUGAGAAAAGUAACGAAUAUUUUUCUAACAAAGUGAUAAGCAAGUAACAUACAAACAACAUUAAGAUAAGUCCAACAAAUUGUGAACCGCCAUAAAAAAAAACAGACACAUUUCAAAUCCAAAUUAUAGAAUGUUUAUUACAUUAUAUUAACCACUUUCCUUUUUCUGUUUUCGAAUCAAUGAGUUAACCAUUAUUUUAAAUGAAAAAAUGACAAAGAAUCAAAGAAUGAAAAUCAUUUUGUUCAACAUUGUGGAAUAUCCAAUGAACAAUUUUUUAUGUGAGCAAAUGAAGAAGAAAUAUUAUAUUAGAUUUGAUUUUUGAAAUGCUCACCAUUAUUUACAUUAGUUGAAAUUUUAUUUUCCAAUUACAUACUUUUCUCAGAACGAAUAAAGAAAAAAAUAAACAAAUGAAAUACAAUUCCGCGGGGAGAUACAAUCUUAUUGAUAAAUCUAAUUUAUUCAAUAACACUUUCGCACUCCAGCCGUAAUCCAAGAGCCAAUUUUGAACGAAAAACGCCUCAUUUUUUUACAUUUGACGCUGUGAAGUGACAUUUGAAAGAUGUUCAAUGUCAUUUUAAAGAUGCUAAAUUUCAUUUGGUCAGGCGGCGGUGGCGGCGUGUAAAAUGAUGGCUUUCUGCUCUUGGAUGGCAAACGCGUUUUCUUCGAUAUUCUAGUUGAAUUUAUGUUUAUACGUUAACACAGAUAGUAAGAGAAGAAAAAAAGUGAAUAAGAAAGCAAAAAAGAAAAAAAAAACAACAAAAACAGCAAUAUUUUUAUACAUUAUUUUGUCAUGUUUGAAAUAGAAAUGUGUGUGUGAGAUGCGAUCAGAUUUAAAUUAAUCCUCAUUCUCCAUUUUUCCCGACCACAAUCAAUUUUCAACACACUGUUUUCUUUUCUUCUGCCCGCUCAUUUAUUCGAUCUCAAGCAAGUGUUUUCAAUCACAUUUUAGGUGUUCGGUUCAGGAAAAUUUAAAAUUUGUGUAUAAAAACAAACAAGAAAAACACAAACAGAAACAACAACAACCGUGCCAAUGGAAUAAAGAGAAAAGUAUAAAUGUUUUCAAUUUUUGUUACAAAUGCAAUGUUAGUUGUAGACCAAAACAGAAGAAAAAAAUAACAAUUUCGUUGUACACACACACACACACACACGACGCAUAUAUACCAAGUUACCACUUUUUUCCCUGAAAAAAAAAGUAAUCAAUUGUUCACAAUCAAAUUAGCGCUAAUAUAAAAAAGAAACGUAAAUGUUAAAUAUUGGUCAGUACAUGGUCAGAGCAUAUAGUUCAUAGCUAGCACACUAAUGCAAAAUCGUUUUUUUUUUAAUUUUUUCUUGUUCGGGACAAAUCUUCUGCACAUCAAAAGUGACACCGUUCGUUUUCAACGACUCUGUCAUCGUAGCGUUUUUUUUUUGUCUCUACACAUGUCAUUUAUCUUCACCAUUUUUAUACGAGCUGAACUGAAUUAUGGUUCCCAAUCUCAUUCUCAUCAGAGGCGUUUAAAUUAGUAAUCGAUUUGUUUUCUUUCGUUCAUUUUUGCCUUUUUUUGUAAUAUUUAUUUUUCAUUGUGCAUAACAUGAAAAAAAGAACCUAAUUAUUAGUAGACAUUUUCAAAAUUUUAGUGCGAUAGAGAGCAAGAGAGAGUGAGGGAGAGCGAGAGAGUAAGAGUGAGAGUGCGACAGAGAAGAAAAAAAAGCAAAAAAAAAAAUAAAUAAAUUUCUAAAGACUAAAAAAAAAAAUGUGCAAAAGUUCAAAGUCCAUACAAAAAAAGAAAUCAUAUUGGAUUCUAUUAAAAAAUUAUUUUAAUGUGUUGAAUCAUCUAUGUCAUUAAGUAAAUACUUCGCUGAACUGUAAAAUGCGUAAAAUUUCCAAAACCAGGUGCUCUAUAAUCUGGAAACAAACGGCUUUACUAAUCUUAUUCACCCCGAAAAGUCCAAAAAUUUGCUUGCAUCUCCAAAAUAAAAAUCGCUUAAAUCGAGCAGCACAGCACAUUUUCAUUUAUCACUUUUAUUCUUCGUUCCGUUAAUUUUCCAUUCAAGCCGCAACACCAUAAAGCUGUUCGUUUUUUUUUUCUCGUGAACUUGCACAAAUUUUUACUGGCUUCCGGCUUUAAUGUUCUGCGAACAGAAAAUCGAACCAAUUGAUCAGAGGGAGAAAAAUUAAGAAGAUUUGAUCAGAGUAGGGAAAAGAAUUUCCAUCAAAAGACCAAAUCAAUCAAAUUUUAAAGAAGAUUUCGAUCAAAAUUAAAAGAAACAAGCAAAUAAUACACCAAUUGUUCGCGUAACUUAAAACCUCCAAGAGAAAAGAAAAACAAAAACCAUCGACUGUUCGACUUAUGUUUUAUCAUAUUCUAAGAAUAAACUCUUUUUUUUUCUCAUGUAUAAAAUUCAACAUGUGUCGCCGAGAUAUCUUUUUAGAAUUGUACCGAUUUAAUUCUAAUUUAGUCAUGUAGAUUGAGUUUAAAUCAAAUUUGUUCUCAAUGUAAUAAGAAAAUGUAAAACAAAGCAACAACAACAACAACAUUGUGUGUAAAUAUACAGUUUUCCGACGGGAUUAAACAAAAACAAACUAAUGAAAGAAACAAAGAAAAUCAGCCAUUCAAAAACCUGAAUGGACAACAAAGAAGUUAAAUAUUUUUCUACACAAAAUGAAUUACGCGGAAAUUGAGAAGAGAAAAUAAAAACAACAGAAAAAACAAACAAACAAAUACUCUCACUUUGAAUGUAAAAUAGAUUUAAAGUAGACAAUGAUUUCAAUGUAACAUUAUUAUGAAUAUAAUUGAAUAAGAAAAGAGAAACAUUAAUUUGAAACAUCAAGAACAACAACAACAACAAAAAAAAUCAACAAAAAAGCAACAAAAUAAAGAAAAAAACAAAUAAAUGAAGAAAAAAAUACAAAAUAUUUAAAUCAGAAAAAAAAAAAGUUUUUAAAAAAAACCUUAAAAA